AUGGAAACCCAACGUAUCCGCAUCGCCAUAAUCGGAGGUGGAUUGGCCGGUGCCACGGCGGCCAACGCCUUGUUCCGGCUGCCACAUGUAGACGUCCACGUCUUUGAGUCGGCACCUGCAUUCUCCGAGCGCGGCGCUGCGGUCGGUAUCAAUGCCAAUGCGCAAGCGGCCCUCAAUCAGAUCCUGCCCGACUACAAGGAAAUGCUCGACAAGGCGGGCGCAGUCCCCAUGAGCUCGACUCGAACCAUCUUGGGAUCAGGUAAAGAUGCCGGCACCGUCAUCUUUGACUUGAAGUCCGGGGUAAGCGUCCACCGCGCCUCGCUUCUUCGCGAGCUCCUGGCCCCCUUGCCGGGCGAGAUUCUCCAUCCCAACAAACAACUGGUGGCCAUCAACUCCAAGACCGCCCCUGAUAAUCGCAGUAACCUGGAACUCGUAUUCAAAGAUGACACCCAGUACGAAUUUGACGCCGUGAUUGGCGCCGACGGGAUUUUCAGUUCCGUACGACGCCAUGUUCUUCGAGACGCCGCCUGGCCAGAAGACUACGAGGCAUCACCCGCCGGGUUCUGGGAUUGUCGCAGCUUGGUCCCCUUUGAGAAGGCAAAGGCCGUGCUGGGCGAGGAGCUCUUCAGUGAGGAUCGAAGGUACUCCUGGCUCGGUGAUGGUGCAAUGGUUAUGCAUGAUGUACUAGAAGGCAGAACCAUGGUUCAGUGUAUAGUAUCCGCCAUUGACAAAGAUGAGCCUCGCUCUGAUUCCAGGAAGAGAGUCUUGACCCGGGAGAAUUUGACAGAGACCCUUCAUGCCUGGCUAGAUGGGCCAAUUGCUGGCGGAAUCAUAGAUCUCACAGUGGGCGAGUCCAACACCCACAGGUACGCACAAUGGGAGCACAAAAUAACGCCUACCUACGCCAACGAUCGUGUCUGUCUCAUGGGCGAUGCAGCACACGCUUCGACCCCCUGGAUGGGCGCCGGAGCAGGCAUGGCCCUCGAGGAUGCCAUGGUUCUCGGCAAGCUCAUUGCCAACAUCACCUCUCCCGACGACAUUGCCGCAGCAUUCCAAGCCUACGACGCCAUACGCCGCCCGCGGUGCCAAAAAGUCGUAGACACGAGCCGUGAUACGGGUCGACUCUUUUGCGGCCAGUUUGGCCUCGACGCUGCCGACAUAAGAUCACGAAUCUCCACACGUUGGAACUUCAUUUUGUUUCUGGAUAUGGAGGCACAUAUACAAGAGGCUCUAGGGGAGUUUUCUAGAUUCAAGCAUUCGCAACAGGGCAAACGUUGA